AUGGCGACCCUCUCUCAGUCACUUGGCGAGACGGACACAUCUAAAAAGCGUCCUAAAGGUAAGAGGCUUGCAAUAAACUGCUUUCAUAACACCUAGGGAGGGAGCACUGAUUUCAGUUUGGGUAACAUACACUCCCCCAACAGAAAACCGCAAUAUUUACAUGAAGUUUGCUGUUGUUCACUUUUCCUUGUCAUUCUCUAUGAUAUCUGUUAGUAAUAUACAGCAACCCUUUCGAAUAAGUUUACCUUGGAGUUCGUUGAUACUAUUGCUAUAAAUACGGUAAAUGUUAAGUCAGACAAAAAGUUAUAUAGUUUUCAUCGAAGCUCGAAAUUGCAUAAAGAAUGACAAGCUGAGAGCGUGCAUAAGUUUGUUCAUCUACUGUGAACUAAAUCACUGAAGAAUGAUAUUUUUCCUUAGGAAAACAAAAAAAGAUUAAACCUGAACCGAAAGUGGAAACCUUGAAAUCCAAUACUUGCUCGAAGAAUAGAAAAUUGUGUAAGGUAGGUUCACACAAGGGAGUUUUGGCAGCGCCUAGAUGGUGACUUUUCAGUUCAAGAAGGCGUAUCUCUCCCCAAUAGAUAGUUCUGAAUGUACGUAUGAAGAAAAAUUUUUUGGUUGUUGAAUGAUUUCUGGUGCAGUUUGAAAUGAAGAGGAAAGUGUAAAUUAUUCUAAGACCUAAACAAGUCUAAGGGCAAGUUUCAUCUUACAAAUUUCCUUCAAAAUCAUAUGAAUUCCGGUAAUGUACUCUUCAUUUCCAAUUUUAGGGGUCUUUUUCAAUUUUAGGCAUUAAACUUUUGUCUUCUUCACUGAUUGGGAUUAAUUAGGAUGUUUCCUGCAAAGUACCACUGCUUGGGAUUAAUUAGGAUGAUUCCAGUAAAUUAGCAUGUUUUAAUCUUUGUGUCUACAAUUUCAUCAACAUUACUUAAUUCUACCAGAAUAUCAUCCUAGUGAUAAAAUAGAGAAAGCUUGAGUUUUAAAUCAAUUCAUAAACUUUGCCUAAGAGAAAAAGAAGGGAAUUAGCAUCUUUGUUGACUUGUACUUUUUUUGACAUACUUUGCACAGCAAAAAAAUUCCUCAGAGCAAACCGGCCCCAAAUCCUCAGUUAUCACUGCACCAGAACCAGCUUGGGAGAUUGAAUACUACGAUUCUGUCCCAGACCUUUAUCCUGAACUGUCAGACUCAUUAGAAAUGCAAGAAGGUGACACAGAACAGCUUGUCAGGAGGGAAGGUUUACACUAUUUUAUUUUUCCAUCUCAUUCCUUUGUUGAGGACUCUCUACUACUAUGUAUAAGUUAGAGUGACAACCAUUUCCUGAUGCCUGUUGCCAGAAAUUCCAUUUUUAUUUCCUCAGGUCAUGCUAACUUUAACAUCUCUUCUUAUCCUAUUACCCUUAAUACACAUCAUAGGUAAUUGGAAAAUAAGCCACUGCUUUUUCUAUUUUUUUUAGAAGUAGACCAAGCAGGAGCUGUUUGCAAUUUACCUAAAUAAUAUGAGUUACUGCCUUGAAAUGCACUUGAAUGAAAUCCUCCAAUUAAAGUAUACUCUCAUCCAGUUAAUGCUAAUUUCUAUUAAACAUUUUAUUUUUUGUCUAUGUUUAGUUUCUCUGGAUCACUAUAACCAUGAAGAGAAUGUGCAGUGUGUUCCAACUACUUGUGAUGACAAUCUUUCUCAAGAAAGCACAAGUCAACAGGUAUAUUCAAAUCCUCACUUCAGCCAUUAGAUCUCAUAUCCUGCAAUAAAAUUUAAAGAGAUGAGGUCCCCUAGAGUAUUUACAAAUAAAAUGUUCCUUCAGAGUGUAAGUUAUGAAAGAAAACUUAGUUUAUUUAUCUCAAAGUUUUCCCUCAGGAGAUUUACCAGUUGGGUCGACAAUGUAAUAAUGGUUCUGUUUGGUAUUCAAUUUUAGACUAAUGACAUUAUCAUGGCAACAUCAUCUCUUGUAACAGACAGAUGUAUUCCAGUUUUUGGCCUUGAUACUGUAAUAUCUUUACUUUCCCUCAGAAAAAUGUCCUCAUUCUAGCCACAUUAGUACACGUUAGGGGAAUGAUAUUGCUUGACCUUUUGAAAUGGUAAAAACUUGAGGUUGCUUAGGUGGAUCUGUCAAUAUUCUCUAAUUUUUCAUUUUUCUUACUGUAUUCCAUUAGCUCUGACAUACUGAAACAGAAAUAGGCUAUUUGAUAGGAAUUGUAUGUCACAAGGAGUCAGCCAAUUUUCAAAAAGUUUUACCAAAGAAAACUUAAUAAAUCUCACUUCUCACUUUUUCAGGCACAGAUUAGGCCUAUGGAUAUUAUGGGUUUAGUUACUGGAAACCUUAGAGUCCAUUGUAUAAAAACUGCAUUGUUUGAAGACACCUUUCUAGAUAACAAUCGUGCAAUCAUAUCAAGCUGCUAUGUUUGUUUCGCAUGUUGACACUUUGAAAGCAUACUAUGUUUGCAUCCAGAUUUUGGGCAUUCAAAAAAAUUACAGAGCCUUUUAUUUUACUACAUCAAAGUAACUUUACUUCAAAGAAUAAGAACAUUGCAGAUUGUCUAUAGGGAUUUUUUAUAUUGUAGCUAGUCCUCCAAGCAGGGUAUUGCCAAAUCACAUACAAACUACAUAGUUAUCCUUAUCAAAUAGGAGGUUACUUAAUGGCCAUGGCAUGAUCUUUAUUGCUUACUGUUAUUGCUUUUGACUGAUAGUGGGUGAUAUAGGCAUGUACCUCUCAUUUUCUGUACAAGGGUUUCAAAAGCAGCCAGAUGGUGCAUAGAUCUAAACUGCUUGGAAUACACUGGCCACCCACUUGUAAUCUUAAAACAGAUUUCAUUGUACACUUCUCAUUCAUGUAAUUCUCUUCAAAUUUGUUCUAACUGGUUACAUUUGAAGAACAAGAAAGCAUCAUAAAUUCGAAUAGAGCCCAAAGUUUAAUGGAAAUGCAACUGUAAGAGUCAAGAACUUCAAAAUUUCUAUUUUUUAAAUCUUCUGAACAAGAGUUUCAGGCCUUCAAAACUACCCAGCUGAACUAAACUUGUUUGUACCAGACUUUUAUUAAAACAACUGUCUAGUUUUCUGACAAUCUAUUCAUUGAUAAGCUGCAAUUAUUUAGGUCAUGAAAUUUGGACGAAAGAGACACUCUCUUAGUCAUUUCUAACAUUUUUUACUGUGUUACAACAACUUUAGGAUAAUUCCCAAGCAUCAAAUUCAGGCAGCCAAAGCAUUACAAAUGUCGUCAGACAAAAGAGGAAAUUGGCAAAACCUAGAAAGGUUAGAAAAAAACAGGAUGGUAAUGUUGUUCCAGAUACAUCAGGAAUGGUAAGUCAACACUUUUUAGGUUUCUUUGUGCACAUAUUGGAGUCAAUAGCUUUUUAAUCGCCUCUAGUUACUUUUUUCAUAGAAUUUUGAGCUGCAACCUAUGUAUCAAGAGACUGGAAAACAGGGUACAUGGGCACAGUGUAGCAUCCCUAGUUGCGGUAAAUGGAGGUUUCUUCAAACUAACAUAGAUCCUCAGGAGAUACCAGAAAGAUGGGUGUGUUCUUUGAACGAAAGUAAGAUAACGAUCCUUGACUAGAGGCCUUUCCCCACUAGCGGACAAAACUAGAACUGCCCUUAAAAAAUCAAAGGACAAAUUUUGUCAUGACACAUCUUUGUUUCGUCUGUUGCAUCCGCAUUAACGAUUUCAAAGCCGUCAAAUUCCGUCAGCGCCUGAUCUAUCUAUAAGACCGGCCAGCAUGCUUGCCAAAGGAUUCCGCCUCCAAUUUCCAGGAUUUGGCUUGAGUCGAUUUAAAGUUUUAGAAUCCCUGAGUUUCGCAGCAAAACACAAUCUUUGCCUUUCUAGUAAACUGAUUUGUAGCUCAUACAAAUGAUUGACAAGUUUAUCACGGUUUUGUUAUGUAGUCGAUUUUUCCCAAUUUUUAGCAUGGACAAAUUUUGUCGGCGGUGCGUCUGAAGAUUUGUCGGCUUCGGCCAAAAUUUGUCAAGUCGCGACAAACCAUCCGCACUUGUAAAAUGUUGGUGAUGACAGAAAAUUUUGCUAAAUAAACAACUUUGUCGCAAGUGGGGAAUGGCCCAAAGCCUAUAUAUCUUCAACUAACCAUGCCUAUGAUUUCCUUUGUUAAAGCUACUCACACAUCACAUUACUCAUUCAGAGUGAUAUCUUUGCAGAUGAUUGCUACAAUUCAUGUAGUAUUUCACAAGAAACGUUUGAUAGUCAAGAGGGGAAUUUGGAAGUAAUGUAUACACCUUAUCCAAGUGGGGCUAUUGUGUGGGCUAAGAUGACUGGUUACCCAUGGUAAGAUAAGAUUUUUAAGAAAUCCUUAAAGCAAAAGUACUUACUCAAUUUAUUUUAUAUUUAUUUAUUUAUUUUAAUCGGGCUAGUUUCCGUGACAUACAAUACGUUUGAACCCUAUAAUUCUAAAAACGUCGAAUUCAACGUCCUUUAAAUGGAUCGACUGACAAAGCUUCCCUUAAAGCGAUGUCAGCGCAUGACAACUUCCGAAAUCAAGCUUUGUUUACAGCUGAAACAGUGUACUAGAUUGACAACAGUGUGAUUCGAUAACCUUGGAUGCUUUUUUCCUUUCUUGAAGUCCUUCAUCCUUUUCUUUUUUUCACGCUGAGUGGCUCGCACUAAUUGUCUUCAUUUCUUUGUUCAUCAAAAGGUGGCCAGCAAUGAUGGAGAACGACCCAGAUUACGGUUACUAUUGUGAAACAGGAGAAGAUAAUUUUACUCCGGUAAUCAAUACAAAAACUAUCUUACCCUAAAGAAGAAAACUGUUUUCAACGGAAAUUAAAAAUGCAUGAUCUAUAUUCACUCUGAGGCAAUAUGUAAAUUUCAGGUGUCGUUCCAUGUGGUGUUCUUUGACAAACAAGUGUCAAGGUCAUGGGUGAACACUGCUUGCAUCCGUAACUUUUCUUGUGAUGAUGACCCGGAGGAUUUGGGAAAGGUUUGUUCGGUAACUCCUCACUAUGAUGUUGAUCUGUAUAGAAUGCCAUUGGUGUUUGUUGUAGCCUAGGUUCCAUUUCCGGACUUAGUGUCACACGCGAUUGGGUCGUUCCCGCUCUUGCUCCGAGGGCUUUUGAGCGGGCUCUCCGGUUUCCUCUCCGGUUUCCUUCUUCCGCAAAAACUUCAGCCUUGGUGCAUGUAUUUCUAAAGAGGAGCUUUUAACCCCAUUGACAUUACAUGUUUGUCUUGACCUUAUGAAAUUAUCUUAACCCUUUAACUCCCAGAAUCUGAUUGUUAAUUCUCUCCUUUCGCUGCUACACAUUUCCUAUUAAUGGUGUUGAAUUUCCUUGACUCUUUCUUUCUUCAGGUGAGCGUUAAAGGAAAGAACUACAGAAGACAACUUACAGCUGCCACACGAGAAGCGCGGAGAGCAGCAAAAAUGUCACUGCAGGUACUUCCUUUAUCUCUUGGAUUCUCCUCUUCUUCAAGCAGUCCAAUCUCUUAUGAUUUCAGAAUAAUUAAGACAGCUUAUAACUGUUUGAUUGCUAUAGGAAAACAGUUAAAAAUAGGAACCUUCUAAAACUUUCUUCCUGCAGAGUCGAUUGUCCGAAUAUGGUUUUAAAGCGCGCUAUAAAGGCACCAUCGGAGACAAAGCAGAAGAGAAGGCGCGCUCAGCAAGUCUAAAGAAAGGAGAGUUGGACGAUUCAGGUGAGAUAGUUGAAAGCUUCAUUAUCUAAAAGGGUCUUGCUAAUUGUCGUAUUAGCGCCCACAGAACACAAAAGUUACCGAGGGAGUUAUCAAGACAAUCAAAACAGAGUAUCGAGAUGAAGAAAACGGAGAUUCUAAGAGAGUGCGCGGGUGUGGGAGCGGAAAGGCCUGCAAGAAUCCUAACAUCCGCACAGUCAAACACAAUAAGCUGCAAUACUCAAGUAAUGCAAAUUAUUGUGAACUAUAAUGUCCCUGCAAAAUCUUGUUUCGGUUUGGUUCCUUUUUUUAACCAGCUGAAUUAGGAUUUUGGUGACAGUCGGCUAUUUUUUUUUUAGUUACAGGCUCAUCCAGCCAGGAAAAUUGCAGCAGUGGGCAAAGCUACGGGUCUUUCAGCAGUCCCGAAGAAAACGAUCAAGAAACCCCUCCAAAGUCUAAAACUUGGAUAAAGAACGCUGUAAGAAAGCAAACGGAAAGCAAGACCAGCACUAAAGUAAGAAAUUCUUGUAGCCCAAAGAAAAAACACAGGAAGAAAAUUGGUACAACCAAUCCCAAUGAAGGUCAGUUGCACGCACUUUCUGAUGGUUUUCACUGGAGUACUUAAUUACCACGUUUUAACGGUUAACUUAUAUCUUCACUUAUUUGGUAAUAAAAAGAAAACUGAAGGCUAUUUUCAGUCGUAACAGUUCGAUGACUAUAUAGCUGCACCUAAUUUGUUUGUGUACAUAAUCAGUGUCUUUUAAAGGUGUAUGUUUCCAGAUUUUUAGCAUGUUAUGUUCUGAAAUCGAGUACUAAAGAAUACGGCGUACCCGUAUUUGCAAUAAGCCCAUGUUUUUCUUACUAACAUGUUUCGUAGGAUAAGGCUUUGACUUAUCCCUAUAACUGUUUUUCCUGACAUAUCUUUAAUUCAUGGUCUUACAGCAGAACGAAGAGAAUAAAUAGUUAAUUGGUAAUUUUGUAUAAUUGUUUGACUAAGUGAACUUUAUCCUCAGGGGAUUCAACCGUGAAUAAUGUCGCCUCAAGUGAAAGUUCUGAAAUGUGUGAACCUACCGACGAAUCAAGAAACACCCUUAGACAGCAGGAACAUACCAUGGCUAUCGAGAAACUUCAACCAACAGUCCACAUUGUCUCAAACACCGACAGUAAUUUGGAUGAAACGCUCGGUGAGCGAGAGACCAGUGCAAAUGGAGCCAUCAUGAAACCGUGUAAAGAAACCGUUGGAGUUCCAACUGCGAGUAGAACCAAAGUCACGAAAGUCAAUAAGAAGAGGCAAAUCUCAGACGAAAUACAGGGAACAAAGAAACGAAAGAAAAGUAAGAAUGUCAUAGAAAACAUUGUCAAAAAAUUCUCCAAAGAAUCUGAGCAAGAACAGGUGGAGGAGAAUAAAAACGCCGUCGUUUUUACCAAAUCAGUGUCGUCAAAAUCAAGAGACGAGGAGAAUAAUUUAUCUGAACAGGAUAAACAGCCAAAUCAAAGUGACGAGAUGGAUGAAAUGAUUUCAAAAGAUAUUUCUUCUCUUGGAAAGGAUGUAGCGAGGGAUUCAAAUGUUUCAACGCAUGGAAAAGCUCUUCCAGGAGACAAAACUAAGAAGCGAAAAUCUAUAAUCAGUUCCAGAGAUGUUUUAGUGAAAGGAAACCCAACUAAUAACGAAACUUCAAGCCAGGAGGCUAAUAGCUCCGCAUCAAAAUUACAUGUUAGUGAUGAAAAGCCACAUAAAAGAAAAGAUCCGUCUGAUGGGAGGGAUCAGUCAAGUUCAACAGGUGAACAACGUACCCAUGAGCGAGAAAGUAACGAGUCGGCAAGCAUCAAGGAAGAAGUGUCACGUUCCCCUAGUUCAGAGGUCCUAGAUCAAAAUUGGGAAUCUAAACAGAAUCCAAAAUUUCCCGAAAAACCUGAAUUCUUGUAUAAAAAAACAGCCUCAAGCACAAAUGUUAGAGUAGCUAGCGGUGAGAAUGGUUCAGUUCGAAAGAAAUGCCUCCCUAAGUUGAUAAAGACUGCUUUUAAACCUCCCAUGGCGUCCAAAGAUGGUAAUACUAGCAAAAUUCCAAAGAUGCCCAAGCUUUUAAAGCCCCACUUUGUUAGCCCUGCAGUUUCACUGCCUGAAAGCAACCACAAAGAGUUUGGAGUAGGGAAAAUAUCAGAUAAAAGCGUUGCACAUUCCGUAGCUUCCAAGAAGGAUGUUGAACCCAAGAAAGAACAGGAACUGAAGAGGAAGGCUCAUUGUAAAGAUUCUAGCUUGGCGAAUCCGACGUCAAAGAGGGAGAAGAAAGAUGACGGGAGGCACGGACGAGCCAACGACAUCUUGUCAGGUAAGGACUUAGACCUUUUGACUCGUCAAAUUUAUUUUAAGGCAUAUUAUGCCUUUGUAGUUUGAAAAUUAGCUAAAAUGAAUCAACAAUAUUUCAUGGGAAUCGUGCUUCACUAAGCUAAACUGAUUAUCCUAUUUUUAAUGGAGACCCCAAUGAUCAAGAACAGUCUAGCUUGAUUCCUUUAUAAUGUAGUACAUUUUUUUUCAUCAGAAAACCUUCAAGAUGAAAUAGAAGAAAUUGACGAUGACAUCGCAAAUAUACAGAAAGAACUAAGGCUUUCAGACAGCAGCGAUACAAGUUUGCCGGAAGAGGCGAUAACUUUGAGAAACGCGGACGGACGCAUGCUUUCCGAUUCGCCAGAAUUUUAA